AGACACUUAUUCUUUCAAAAGGCAGUUUAUGCAUUGGCAUCGAAAAUGUUUUACAAAAUAUCCCAUUUAAUUGUAUGGAUCGGUUUUAAAUGGCUUUGUGUUAUAGCUGUUUUAAAUGAGAAAAUUGCCAAUUCAUCAGUGCAUAAUGGUCUCAGUUGCCCUGAUGGUUGGUCAGAAAAUAAAAAAUAUUGCUAUCUUUUUUAUCAAGCAUCAAAACCACAAAACUGGAAUGAUGCUCUUUUAUCAUGUCAGGGCUAUGGGGGAAAUUUGUUAUCCAUAGAAGAUCAAGCAGAAAACACAUUCAUCAAAAAUCAGCUGAAAAUUAAAAACGGGAAUUACUGGAUUGGUCUUAAUGAUAUCAAGAUUGAAGGAACGUUUGUGUGGAGUGAUGGAUCGAGUCCAAAGAUUUUUAACUGGAGAGGUAGUGAACCUAAUAAUCUUGGAAAUGAAGAUUGUGUAGAAACAAAUUCUAUUGGUUGGAAUGACUUAAGUUGUCAAACACUUUUAAAUGGGUUCAUUUGUAAAAUUAUAAGAGAUCCUUGUUUUGGGUACAAGGAAAUUGAUGACUUUCAAAGAAGUACUGCUUUUACAGUAGAUCCUAAUAAGCCCUUUGUAUGCAACAGUGCAUUCAUAGCAGAUUGGUAUCGCUUUACAAGUGGUGCUGGAGGAAAAAUACCAACAACAAAUCCUCCACCAUACUCAUGUGGAACAAAAAAUCCUACUUGGCUUAAUGUUACUGAACCAACUGCAUUAAAUGAAACUAUCUCAGGCCAGGCUUGUGUUGUAGUUGACAAUAACAUAUGUGCUCACAAAGUUGAUGUUAAAGUAAAAAAAUGUUUUCAAAACAACAAUGAAUUUUUUGUUUAUUACUUACGUCCACUACCUCAAUGCUCAAUGAGAUACUGUGCAGGUACAAAAAGAAAAUGUGAUACGAAUGAAAAUUCUCCAACUGGCUUUUCACCUUGCUCAAGUUACUUUCCUAAGAUAGAAAAAGAUCCAGUUGUCACUGUUGGCGUAGACAAUAAACGAUUAAGGUUCACUUGCAAGUUUCACACAGUACAAGAAAGUAAUGCGCGAUAUGAAGUUACUUGGUUUCAAGGACCAGAAGAAAAACAAAUUAAAGGUCCUGAAGUUUUUACAAGUAAUAAAAAUGAAGCAUUUCUUCAAAACACUAACAAAUAUGGAGAAAAUACAACAUUUUGUUUAGGUUACAAUAUUUACUGCAAAGUGAGCUCAUAUUAUAUUGGACAUGAGAGUAACAAAAGUCGAGAAAGAAAAAGCAACGAGUUCUUCUCUGGAUUUCAGGUAACUCCUAAGACAUUAGAACUUUCUGAAAAUGGUAAACCGCAAAAAGUUUCUGUUACAUCAACAGUACCCAUUGUAUGUGAAGAUGGAACUGAAAGCUGUAAUGUGCUUCUAGAGUUGGGUCAAACAAAAACUGACAGCUUUGUUGAUUACUGUUCAUUAAUGUUCAAACCUGGACCAGCUGGACAAAACCAAGAAAUUGAAGUGGUUGCUAAGAGAGAUUUUGUUGAUGAUGGUAAUCAAAAGAUGUUUUUACAACUUUUUGUUCCUGAUCAUGUAGAUCCAGUGGAUUGGAAUUGUCAUAAACAAAUUACUGAUGUUGAGAUAAAAACAGUUGAUGUUAAAACAGCACGAUGCACAUCAACUGGUGAUCCUCACAUUACAACUUUUGAUCAGUUUUAUUACAAUCAUUACUAUGUUGGAGACUAUGUAUUAAUGCAAAGCACAGCAAGAAAUUUCAGGGUACAUGUUCGAACAUUUGCUUGUGGUUCUGUUUCUUGUAACUGUGGUGUAGCAGCACAAGAAGGUGAUGAUGUUAUUGUAAUAGAUAUGUGUAGAGAUAGUGUUCCACGAGCUCGCUUUGCCAGUACUGUAGAACCUCAACCAGGAACAUCAAUUACAAGGAAUAAUAAUGGAAAGAGUUUCACAGUAAGUUUUUCAUCUGGUGCUUAUGUUAAGUUUAAUGCUUUUCAUUGGUAUGGGAAGUUUUACUAUGCCAACAUUGAAGUUCAAGUACCUUCAGAUGACUUUAAUAGUACGCAAGGUUUAUGUGGCACUUUUGACAAAAACAAAAGUAAUGAUAUGACUGCAAAAAAUGGACAAAUAUAUGCAAUAAAGCAAGGACAAAUUGCUAAUCUUAUGUUCACUGAAAGUUGGAAGCUUAAUGUUUCUGCAGAAAACUUGUUUUACUUUAAAGGAGGGCCUCGCAAGUGUACUGCAACACGAGCUAAGAGUUACUGUACUUGUAGUGAAUCUUGUUCCGGAGCCAAACGAAAAAUUAAUUGUGAUUAUGAAGGUUAUUCUGACCGCCCAAAAUACAUUCAUGGAGUUAUUGGAUGGAAGAAGUUAGAAUUUCCUGGAGCUGAACACUGUGCUCGUCGCAAACGCAGAUCUAUGGAUGAUAAUGUUAUUAUACUUCCUGAUGAUGGUAAUACGGGAGUUUAUGACUACAAUCCCAAUCAGGUUUUUGGCAAUGUUACAAGUUUUCCAACAAAAUCUGGUAUCACUGAAGAAAAAGCAAAAGAUAAUUGCAAAAGCAAAAUUCGUAACUCUAUUGCUGGCAAGGCUUGUAUAGAUGUCAUUGGACCUUUAUUUAAAACAGAUGAUUAUGAACAACAAUGCGUCAUUGAUAUUCAAGUAACAGAUAAUGAAAAAGUAGGAGUUGAAUCUGCUAUAAAUAACUUAAUCAGUGCCUGUGAAGAGCUUACUUUGAGAAAUUUAUCUUUCUGGGAAAGUGGUGAUGGAAACAUUACUGGACCACCAGUAAUAAUUGGACAAAGUGUGUGUCCCAAUGAGUGUAACGGAAAUGGAAUAUGCAAAAAUGGUACAUGCAUCUGUAAUUCUGGCUUCAUAACAUCUGACUGCUCUCUAAAAGAAGGGCAAUCUCCACUUUUAUUUGGCAUACCAAACUCAGGACUCUGCGAUAUUCGGGAUCAAGAUUGUGUUCGUACUCGUGUUACAGGAAUGGACUUUGUUGAUUCAAAUUCUCUUUCAUGUAAGAUGACAGAAAUGAAGAUUUCAGAACACUCUCCUGAGAAAAUAGGAAAAGUAUUCAUUAGCAAAGGACAGCUUUUGAGUUUUGCUGAAAUAAGUUGUCUUUUACCAAAAGUUCCUGUUAAUAUUAAAUACUCCUCUAGUCAACCAGGAAAAUUUGCAGGAGGUUAUGCAAUCAGUGUGUCAAACAAUAAUCAAAAUUUCAGUGACAAUGAAGUUUUCUUUCUUGUUUAUGACUCAAAAUGCAUGGAAUGUAAUACGAAAGACAUCACAUGCAAAUGGAAGAACAACAGUUGCAAAAUUAAUGAUUUUUGUUUUGCUGUAAAUGAUUCUAAUCCGAAACAAUGGUGUGAAGUUUGUAAUCCAAUUAUGAGCCGAACAUCUUUCUCCAAAAGAACGAAUAACGUUCCUCCAUCAAUUGAUAAAUUUACACCGAAGCAAUAUACGUUUAAAGGUCAGGAGUGGAGUUUUAAGGUACCAGCUUUUGAUCCUGAAAAUCAGCCCUUAGUAUACUCAUUUAUAGGGGAGAGUUAUGGAAUGAAAAUUUCAUCUGCUGGAAACUUAACUUGGACUCCUGAUAAAAUUGGAAAAUACUAUUUUACUAUCAAAGUCACUGACCCGUGUGGUUUGUCUAAUUUUUCUAAUUUUGAAGUUGAGACAAUGCAAUGUCUUUGUGAAGGUAAAAAUGGUGGUUAUUGUAUUUGGCAAGGAGAGCCAGGAAAUAAUACAUUUUCAGUUUGCAAAUGCCCUCAUGGAUGCACAGGAGAAUUAUGUACACAGACCAUAGAUGGGUUAGUUUGUAAAAUCAAAAUUAAAACGGACCAACACAGAAAAUGGGGAGGUCUUUCUGAAACCAUUCUAGCCGUUAUAAUUGCAGUUUCGGUUUUUCUCUUUGUAAUAUUUGUAGCAACAACAUGCGUUUUAAUUUCGUUAAAAAAACACAAUAAAAAGCUAAAUGUGCAUAACUUUGUUAAUUUUUUUUCUUCAUCAAAUAAAAUCGAUUCAAAUAAAUGCAAAGGUAAUUUCAAAAACGAAUCUGGCGGUAAAGCUACUGUAGAUUUUGAUGAAUCUUAUAUAAACAAAGGUUUUGUGAAAAAAGAAGUAAAUACUAUAGAAAAGAAAAUAUUGUCUACUCAACGUUAACGAUCGAACAAUAAAAUGUAAUAUAUAUUUUUUUUAAUUUUUUUAAAAAUGUGUAAAUUUUGAACAAAUUUAUGAUUUUAUGAUAUGGAUUUAGUACUAAAAUAAUCUUUAA